GCUCCCAGUGCACUCAAGGCCAUCUGCCUUGAGACCCCAACCAAGAGAACGAUGGGGGCCAUACGCGGGACAUGAAUCAAUAUCGCUGUCGACGAUGGUGCUGCAGGACAAGCCGUACUACUGUAGGGGGCCAAACAAUCGGGUACCGAGUGCUAAGUGUCAGGGCGAGACCUACAGGCGAGUGUUGACCUGCCUAAUCUCGCACUA